GCUGCGGGCAUGGACGCGCCGGAGGCCCCCGAGGGCGCACCCUCCCCAGGAGGUGAUGGCCCUUCCGGAAGCCCAGGGGAAACAUCCAGGCGAAUAACCAGAGAGCAGCUUUUUGUGCUCAUAUCUGCAGCGUCCAUUAAUUUAGGUUCUAUGCUGUGCUACUCUAUUCUUGGACCUUUUUUCCCCAUAGAGGCUGAAAAGAAAGGAGCCAGCAAUACAAUUAUUGGCAUGAUCUUUGGCUGUUAUGCUUUGUUUGACUUACUGUCAUCUUUAGUAUUUGGAAAAUAUCUUGUACAUAUUGGAGCAAAAUUUAUGUUUGUAGCAGGAAUGUUUGUCUCAGGAGGAGUUACAAUUCUCUUUGGGGCCUCCCUGGUGGCGCAGCGGUUGAGCGCUGGGUUGCGAAGCUGCCCGCGGCCUCUGCGGCGCUGGUUUGAUCCCCGGCUGCUCCCCGGCCAUCGGAGGAGGGUCCCACAUGGCACGCAGACCUCUCCUGCCGCCCGCUGCUCCCCUCAGCAGUGUACUUCGGUCCUUCUGCUUGCUCUGCUCCCCGCUCUGGCUCUGGCUUUUCCAAAUAAUGUGGCUACAGUAUUGGGAAGUCUUGAAGUUUUCUCAGGACUAGGCCUAGUACUAGGGCCUCCUUUGGGGGGCUUCUUGUAUCAAUCGUUUGGCUAUGAGAUCCCUUUUAUUUUUCUGGGAUGCAUAGUUCUGCUGAUGGUGCCACUCAACAUGUAUAUUUUACCUAAUUAUGAGUGUGAUCCCAAUAAGCAGUCGUUCUGGAAACUCAUCACUUUACCCAAGGUUGGCCUGAUAGCAUUCGUGAUCAUCUCGCUCAGCUCGUGUUUGGGUUUCCUUGAUCCCACGCUGUCUCUCUUUGUUUUGGAGAAGUUUCAUUUACCAGCUGGAUAUGUGGGCCUGGUGUAUCUGGGGAUGGCUCUGUGUUACAUGGUUUCUUCACCAUUAUUUGGUCUACUAAGUGAUAAAAGGCCACAUCUAAGGAAAUGGUUUCUGGUUUUUGGAAGCUUAAUCACAGCAGCGUGCUACAUGCUUUUAGGACCAGCCCCAGUCUUGAACAUUAAAAGUCAGCUCUGGAUGCUGAUCCUGAUAUUAGUCAUAAAUGGUGUCUCUGCUGGAAUGAGUACAAUCCCAACUUUCCCUGAGGUGCUCAGUUGUGCCUAUGAAAAUGGGUUUGAGGAAGGAUUGAGUACAUUGGGACUGGUGUCAGGUCUCUUUGGUGCAAUGUGGUCUGUUGGUGCUUUUUUAGGACCAGUGCUGGGUGGAUUUCUCUAUGAGAAAAUAGGUUUUGAAUGGGCAGCUGCUGUCCAAGGCCUGUGGGCUCUAGCAAGUGGAUUGUCAAUGGCCUUGUUUUAUUUAUUUGAGCACUCAAGAAAAAGACAAAGUCUCAGCACAGAGGAGGACCGAGCUGCACUCUUGCCUGAUUAAAUCAAGUCUUCAGAGUCCUGGAUUGAUGCAGGGUUGGAGAUGGAUGCCUCUGUCCAUGAACAUCAAAGUUGGGAGGAUUUUCUUAACUAUGCCUGGAGCUCCAUGGAUCCCAUAUCAAUGUCUGGAAAAUGUUAACAUAUUUUUGGAUGUACUUACUAUAUUGCCUUGAAGAGUUGGCCUGAUGAAUCAGCCACACUAAAAAUAUUAAGAAGGAAGAGAACAGUUGACAAUCAGCGAAAGCUUGUGUUUUUAAGUGACUAAACUUGCCCUUGAAGAUGUAAUUGACUCCAGGUCUCCUGUGUCAUGUGUUUACUCUUUUAUUCUAAGAGCACUGAUUCUGUGAAUGUACUUUUUUUAUUAGCAGGGAAAGAAAUAAAUUGAUUUGAUAUGUUUAAAAAUAUAUAAACUCAAGCUAUAUGGAAUGAUUACUGUGAAAUCAGUUUUUAAUAGGUGUAAUUUUUAGGUGUCCUGAGACUUUUGCUUUUGUUUAAAAGGCAAAAUUCCUGCCUGCUAUGCCAAACUCCUCUAUCAUUCCCUGGUCCUCAGCUUUUCUAAAAAUUUGAUUUUUAUGAAAGGUACAGAAUGACAUCUGUUAAGACUUCCAUUUUUGUAAUACACUUUGAAAUUAUGAUCUGACUUUAGAAAUAAUGCUUGGUAUGACAUUAUUUCCUUUAAUGCCUCUGUCUCAUUUAUAUCAUUAAAAAAAAAUUAACACACUCCUAGUAGAUGUAUCCCACUCCCAGAACAAGUGAGCUGACAGAAAUGCUUGUUCUGCCUUAAGUGGUCCCUGCGACUGCAUAUAUAAAUAAAAAUCGUGAUUUUUGAAGUGAAUGAUUCUCUGUGGUACCACUCUCCUGAACCAUUGUCAUGGGGAAGAAGCCCUAUUUAUUUAAAAAAAGGUAGAAAAGAGGGCCUCCCUGGUGGUGCAAGGGGUUAAGUCAAAGCACUAUGUAGCUAUCCCUGGCCAGGGAGCUACCCACAUCGCACUGCAGACCUCUCCUGUCUUGCCUGCUGCUGCCCUCAGCAGUGUAUUUCAGCCAAUCUGCCUAAUCUGCUCCCCACUCUGUCUCUGGUGAAUUCUCUCCCCACCUCCCCACCCCCACACCUCUGGUCUACAUCUCAGCUCUUGUAUGCAUAA